AGUAAAGCUGUGGAGUGCUCUGACAUUGCUUGGUUCCUAUCAGAACAGAAAUUGUGCUUUCAGGGUAGUACAGACCUCUCCAUUUCUUCUUGCAUUAGCUGGGAACAGCAGAGAGCUGGUGCUAGAUUAAAUCCACAGAAAAGGCAACUGAAUGAAAAAGAACUGUCCAAAAUGUUGAUACCAUUGCCCAGAUGCAGAUUUUUGUCUCCGAGUCUCCAAGGAUUGUUUCUCAAAAAAUCAGAAGCCAUCACUGCAUUCUUCACUCAACCCUACAUUAAGCCUGUAUGCAUGCAAGUUGGAGACAAGACUGAGCUGACUAAGACUUUUACACAGAAGGAUAUUGUCACCUUUUCUGACUUAAUAGGGGACACAAACCCAUUACACCUAGAUGAGGAAUAUGCAAGGAAGACAAGAUUUGGCAGAACCAUUGUACAUGGGGUUUUAAUCAAUGGACUUAUCUCUGCCAUUCUAGGUACAAAAAUGCCUGGGCAUGGAUGUGUUUUUCUUUCUCAGGAAAUUAAAUUUCCAAACCCUUUAUAUGCUGGAGAGGAGGUUUUGGCCUCAGCAGAAGUUAAGAAACUGAAGAGAAGUCUUGCUUAUAUUUCAGUGUCAUGUACAGUUGUAGAAAGUGGCAAGACUGUUAUGGAAGGUACUGUUAAAGUCAUGGUGCCAGAGGACCAGAAGUCCCAGAUCUAACUCCAUGGUGCAUCAUAUUCUGGAGCAGAAGUCAUGAGGAGUGGGUAUAUAUCUGAUUACUUAGAAGGAUGAAGCAUAUUGCCAACAGUAUAAUUAUACAAGACAUGAAAAAUGUAUCCUGUCUUCUUUAACCAUGUCUUGUAAACAUUUUGUGUGGUCUUAACCCAUCUUGCAAAAUUUCUGAAAUCCCAAAUCAACUAAAUUUGCUGGAAACUUGGAA